AUGCAAGGGCAGCACACGCCGCCGCUUCCUCCUCCUCACCUUCCCUCCACAGCCACUCCUCCCGGCAAGAUGCCCACCAUCAUCUCCUCCUCCUAGACCUCAGCCGGGCCAGCCAUGACCGCCACCGCCGCCGCUUCCCUUUCCCUCCACCUCCGCCUCCGCCCUCCUCCCCAUGCCCACCGCAGCCCCCUUCGCCAUGCCCCGUUCCUCCUAUCCCCUUCCCCGUCCACCCCUUGGCCUCCUCACCACCUUCACGUCGCUAAUGGCCGGCUCCCUCCCCCUUGCCGCCCCUCUGUGAAGGCGCGGGUAGGUACCAUCGAGGCUCCGAGCCUCGCGCGCCUUGGGGGCGCCGUAGAGACCGACCGCCUCCCCGCCGACGUGCGCGACCGCGCCAUGGACGCCGUCGACCACUUGGGCGGCCGCGUCACAAUCGGCGACGUCGCCUCCCGCGCCGGCCUGCAGAUUGACCAGGCAGAGCGCGCGCUCCAGGCUCUCGCGGCAGACACCGGGGGCUUCCUGGAGGUUUCGGGGGAAGGGGAGGUGCUGUACGUCUUCCCCGAAGACUACAGGGCGAAGCUCGCCGGCAAGUCAUUCAGAAUGCGGGUCGAGCCACUGGUCGAUAAAGCCAAGGAAGCGGGUGCCUAUCUGGCGCGGGUGUCUUUUGGGACAGCACUAGUUGCUUCCAUUGUGCUUGUAUAUGCUACCAUCAUUGCCAUUCUCUCAAGCUCGAGCAGUGAUGAAGAUAAUCGUGGAAGGCGGCGCAGAUCCUAUGGCUCUACGAUGUUCCUCCCAACAGAUUUAUUUUGGUACUUGGAUGCAGGUUCCUCCAGGAGGAGGCGGGUAGAAAAAGAUAAGGGGAUGAGCUUUAUUGAAUCUGUCUUCUCGUUUGUAUUUGGGAAUGGUGAUCCUAAUGACGGGCUUGAAGAGAGAAGGUGGAAGAUGAUUGGGCAGUAUAUUUCAUCGAAUGGUGGAGUUGUUACGGCAGAAGAACUGGCACCGUAUCUUGAUGUACCGGCACCUGCAGAGCAAACCAACUCCAAGGAUGAUGAAUCAUUUAUUCUUCCAGUUCUUUUACGCUUCCAGGGACAUCCUUUAGUUGACGAUCAGGGAAACAUUCUUUAUCGAUUCCCAUCGCUGCAACGCACUGCUUCCUCGAAAGGAGGUGGGAGUAGGGAAUAUGUUGGUACAAGAUGGUCUACAAUGUCGAGUGGCGUUGAAAAGUUUAUGGAAGAGAAACCAUGGGAAUUCAGUAAAGCAAAUGCAUUAGAGAGGGCAAUGGUUGCUGGUUUGGGAGGACUCAAUCUUUUUGGCGUCAUAAUUCUGGGAAACUUACUGAAGCAAAUGACAAUGACACCUGGUGGGCUUAUCUCAUUUGCUGCGCAGUUAUUUCCCUUGCUUCAGAUAUAUGCUGGCUCCUUUUUUGCAAUACCAUUAUUUAGAUGGUUGCUGCUACGCAAGACCAACAAUGACAUUGCAAGGAGGAACAAGGCUAGAGAAGAGAGAGCCCAGGAACUUUUGUCGCCAGAACCUUCUCUCAGAAGAAAGUUGCUCAGUGCACGCGACAUGGCUCAGCGGAAGGUGAUUACACCAGGGGAGAUUGUCUACACAACCGAAAAGGAUCUAUUGGAUCAGGAAUAUGAAGUUAGGGAGUGGGAAAGGCGAUUUAAGAAACUUGAGUCAGACUGAUGGUAAUGAUGGAUAGUACUUGAGAUUCAUAUUAUAUAUGGAUGGUCCUUUGGUCGUCUGGCUUGCUGAUCAUUCUUGGAUGGAGGAUAGAUCUGACCGAACCAUUCAACCAAGUGGGCAGAAUGCCUAGAUGAGAGACUGGAUGGUUCUUAGGCCCACUGAUGUGCUGUGAAGUUUUUGCCGAAGCAGUCUUUAAUACUACCAUUCAUCAAAGGUAUUGCUGCUGCUGUACAUAUCUGUAACAUUUAGUCUAUACACAUGUAUAUAUAGUUGUAGAUCAAUGAGCGGAAGGAGGGAAUUCUAAUUCAGAACUAGGGAAUUGAAAUCCAGAACUGAACACCGGAACAGUAGGACAUGUAAAGGAUAAUGCCCACCCAUUAAACUGUUGUCUCAGAUUGGGUAUUCUGGAUCUAGAUUGAUGACACUGGUGUUGAAGUCUAAUUCCAUGAUAUAUGCAUGAGAGAAUUCCA